UUUCCUUUUCGUACCUUCAUUUAAAAAAUAAAAAAUAAAAAAAUUGUCCCUUCACUACCUUGAAAAGCGGGUCGAAACAAUCCUAGUAAUAGUGUUUUUUCUACAUCAAUCAUCAUUGACUUCACUUUUCAUCCACCGAAUCUUUUAUUUUUCUUCCCAACACCAAUAAAAUCCAUAUCGGUUUGCAUUUAAAACUUUAAAAAAAAAAUUAAAAAUAAACUAAAAUAAGUUUUUCUUUUUUUCUUAAAAAAAACAUUUUCAAAUUUCUAAUUUAAAUAUCUCACCUUCCUCUCUUUUUUAUUUUACUUCAACUAAGUUCAAAUCUCAGCUGCCUACAGUCUCUCUUGCUGCUCAUUUUUAUUUUUAUUUAUUUAAUUUCAAUUCCGAAAAGAGAAUAUUGGGUGUCUAAUUUGAUUUCAACCCUUCAAUUUUCUGUAUUUUUCGGUGGAUCUACAUUCAAGAAAAGAAAAAAAUUGGUUUUUUAAUUUGAUUUCAAAUCUUGAAUUUUUCAGUAAAAUUUUGGUAGAUUUUCUGGGUGGGAUUCGAUUGAAUUUGAUUUAUCUAACGUAUUAUUCGAUAUGAAUUUCCAUUAAUUUUGGGGUAAUCUUUUUUUUUUUUUUUUUGGAUUUUCUUUGUGGGGUUUGAUUCAAUUCAAGAACUUUUUGUGGGAUAUUGUUUCUUGAUUUUAUUUUUUUUUGGAGUUUGAUUCAAGAAUAUAUUUUGGGGUUUUUGUUUCUUGGAUACUUGGUGGGGUUUGAUUGUAGCUUCGUUAUAUAAGUUCCCAAUGAAUGAAGAAUAGGCUGUCACGUUCAUCAUCAUCACCAGCAUCAUUGUUAUUGUCAAUGGCUGCACCAAGGAGUUUGGUAGUGGAUACAGGGCGGUUGCUGACAAGGGAUGAGGAAAAGAACUUAGGUUUGUCAUCAGGGGGUGAGGAUUCACCAUCUGGUAAAAGGUAUAAGGAAGGGAAAUUUCCAUUGUCAAGGUGGGAGUUUGCAGCAGCUUUAGGUGUAUUUUUGGUGUUUUCAAUUGGGUUGUUUUCUAUAUACUUGACAAUGCCAGCUGCUGAGUAUGGAAAACUCAAGUUGCCUCGUUCACUUUCCGAUCUACGGAUGCUCAAGGACGAUAUUGGAACGUAUGCCAAAGUUUACCCUGCGAAAUUCAUUCUCGGUUACUGCUCAACAUACAUAUUCAUGCAGACAUUUAUGAUUCCUGGGACAAUAUUCAUGUCCUUGCUUGCUGGAUCACUUUUUGGUGUUUUCAAAGGCCUUUUCUUGGUUGUCUUUAAUGCCACAGCUGGUGCAUCAUCCUGUUUUUUUCUGUCUAAAUUAAUUGGCAGGCCGAUAGUUAGCUGGUUGUGGCCUGAAAAAUUAAGAUUCUUCCAGGCAGAGAUAGCCAAGCGUCGGGAUAAGUUGCUCAACUAUAUGUUGUUUUUGAGAAUAACUCCAACAUUGCCAAAUCUUUUCAUCAAUUUGGCAUCUCCAAUCGUGGAUAUACCAUUCCAUAUUUUCUUCUCAGCCACAUUGGUUGGUCUCAUUCCAGCCGCAUAUAUUACAGUCAAGGCCGGCCUAGCUCUUGGUGAGCUGAAGUCAGUCAAAGAUCUCUACGAUCUCAAGACCUUGUCCGUGCUCUUCCUCAUUGGUUUUAUCUCGAUAUUACCUACCAUCUUGAAGAGGAAGAAAAUAUACGAAUAAAGCUCCCCCACAGAAGACCAAGUGGAUCUUCUUGGCACGUAACUUACGGAAGAUAUAGUUUAAUUUCAUUUUUCGGAGCAAAAUGGAGAGGCAGGACAUAGUGAGACAGUUCUAUAUUUUUUUAUAUGUGGCACCUGAAAUCCACAUUUGACCGCCCAAUUCGUUGAGAUAACAGUGGGGAAAAUGUUGUGUUCUUUACUAAUUCCUUAUGUUUUACCCUGUCAGUCUCUUGUCUGACCCAAAGUACCAGUAGUAUUGUUCAAGUUAAUGUCAAAUGUAGCAGAUAGAUGCUGAUAUGGAUUCUGAUUCAAAAUUGAUCGUAUGGUCAUCCCAACUGCCAUGUUAUGGAAAUACAAUAUUGCGAUAACUUUGUUAA